CUUCUGGCUUGACAAUACCUGCUUGUAUCAUACCUUACUCUCCUCCGUUUUUUCCAUUGCUCAAGCAACUCUAUCCAUCACGUUCCCAGCACGAAAAUGGUGCAUGAAUGUCCGCGCACAGCUGUUGUUUACCGACAAAUGCGUGUCAAAGAAACUCUGUUCUGGAUUGGUGGGUUCAAAGAUUUCCCAGCACGAAUGAUUCCAUCGUGAAACAAAGUGCAAACAUACCCCCCUAAAAAAAAAGUCCACUGUGCCCCUCGACACCGAAACAUACACAAAAGAUGAAAAAACCCAUCGACGAAUGCAUAAUGGUGUCGUAUCUCCGUAAAAGUCAACACAAACGCAACUAAAAACAGUGUUGGGAAUUGAUUGGUCGAGCAAGCUGAGGAGAGUAAAAAAAAAAGAAUAAUAAUAAGCACGAGCAAUCGAUGGCAGGGAAAAAAUGAUUGAAAACGUGCCAGUUAUGAGUGACCAAGGAAAUUGACCUGAAGCCGUGUUUCUCACUUGUUGAGAGGAGGCCAACACAUGAUACAUUUUCUCAUCGCAGUCAUUGACCAACGAUCGAAAGGACACUGAGGAAUUGAGGUGACCAAAAAUGAAUGCAAGAACUCAGCUGUUCGAGCUGAGCAUGGAGGGUCGUCAGGUUGACGAGGCAGUAGCCUCCAUAUUCCACAGUGUUCUCUUCCACCGGAGCUUAGGAAAAUUCAAGUACAAACAUGAGGGCAGCUACUCAGUUGGCACUGUUGGCUAUCAGGACGUUGACUGUGAUUUCAUUGACUUCACUUACGUGUGCUGUUCAUCAAUUCAUCUCGAUCAGACUCUGAAACGAGAGAUCUCUGGAUUCUCCGAGGCAUUGAGAUCCACAGAUAGUCCAGGCUCAGGUCAAAUAUCCCUUGAGUUUUUUCAAAAGAAGAAAAAUCGUUGGCCCUUUCAGCCAGAGUGUAUACCCUGGGAAGUGUGGACAGUACGUCUUGAGUUAAUAAAACUAGCGACUGAACAUGAACGACAGAUUUGCAGGGAGAAAGUCGGAGAUUUGUUAACUGACAAAAUUUUGUAUAUAACUGAAGUUAUGAAUCGUCACGAUUAUCUACCGAAAAUGCCGAACCAAGCAGAGCUGGAUCUCAUCUUUGAUACGUCGUAUCCAGAUAUUCAACCUUAUCUAUUUAAACUAUCAUUCACAACGUCAGGACCAUCUAGCACGACUAUGGGGAAUACUAUGAAAAAACUCAUUAAAGAGACUCUGUCCAUUUAGUCGAGUAUUCAUCUCAGUGUUAUUGGAAUUUAGUAGUGAAGUGGUCAAUGGAGAGAGGUGAGUCCUGAAUGAACAGUUUGUCUUGGGAAAUAUUUUUGAAAGUGAGAAUUUCUGCGCGCAAUUUUACGGAUUCUUACUGAAGGUCUCCGGAUACUCAGAAAGUAGAUUAAGCUAUCUCUCUGAAGUUUACUCGACCAUUAAUUUUCGAAAAAUAUCUUGAAACCCAAACGACACAGACAAAUGAACUGUGCGAAAAGGUACUUAGUAAAUUCAAUUAAGAAUAAUGGGAAAUUAGAGAAGUGAUUGAGUGAACAACAUUGAUUAUUGCCAGAGCGUGACAAUUUGUUAAUGAUUCUUGUCGCAAAAUUUAUCGUUAUUUUUGGUGUCUAGUGCUCGCCUGUUAUCGAGAGAAUUUGUGAUUCCUUUUGCGAGAGUCGACGCUGGAGUAAUUAACGAGAGUUCGUACCUUUCAUAAUUGAAUUGAUGCUAUUAUCAUUUUUUUAAUUUCCUAAAAUAUUCAACGGAAUUUGUCUGCCUGCGGUUAAAAAUUGCGAUUAAUAUAUUUUUCGAAAAUUUAAGUAAGGGUGAAGCGACUUUGACCAUUUUACUUUGGGGGUCUCUGUACACCCGUUAGGUUCGGAGAUAUUUGCAAGAGAGUCUUCACUGGAUUGUUGAACAGAAAAAAAAUGUGACAUGAAUCCAAAACAUAUUGCCGAUGAUUUCAAAAGUUUAAAUAAAGGGUUUAGAGGAGUUGAUCGAGAUUUUUUUUGUAAUAGAGUAAAUACUUUCUGUAUAGCUGCUUAUGUAGUAGACAAUUACCAAUUGAUUUAAAUUAUUCUGUAGUGCGUGGUGCUGGAAAUUGCAUUGUUCAUCAUGAUUGACUAAUCAAGGCAAUAAUGAGUGAUGGUUGGAAAAUCAUUAAACAACAUUUUUUGCAAAGGAUUUUCAAGGAUACAGAAAUUUUUUGCAGUCUCUUCAAAAUCCAAUGACAGAGAAGAAAGAAUUGUAAAUUUUACAGAAAGAUGGAUAAGUUCUUUUCAAUUAUCAAUCCAAUCGUAAUUUUCAAUUGUUUAAAAAAAGAACUUUUUUGAAAUCUAAUCCUCACGUUUUGAACUUUUUUUCUCGGGGAUGGCUACUGACAUAUUCACGAGAUAAAUCAUCAUCCCUAUUUACAAUUCACUACAAAAUCGACCAUAAACCUUAAAAAUGCUGAGGUUUUAACCAAUAAAGCCCCUUGAUCUCAUCUUGGAGUGUCACAGAUAAUCUCAGUAAACUUUUCAUCAAUUAAUCACGUGUAAGAACGUAGGAGUCAUAAAAUACUGGAUAAGAUCAACUGAUUAGUACAAAUUGUAAUGAAAACUAUUUCCUCUCUAAUCACUGCAUAAUACGAGACAGGAUAAAAACAACAAAAAAUGACAAAUUUUAAUCCAGAGCUUAAGUUUUUAUGAGAUACCAUGGUGAUAGAAAAGUGACACAAGUCUCUCGCUGCCUAAGACAUCAACUCUGUUUGAAAAUCUAGGUGUAUAGGAGUUUUAAAGAGCUAUGUACUAUUUUUUAUUUCUUCAGUGUCCAUCAUCAUUUUUUUCCUCUAGUAUCUGUCUGUAGAAAGCCCAUUCGCCUUAGUCGAGCUAUUGCCAGUGUAGAAUUUAGGUCAAUAGCAUCGGCUUUGUAUAUCUAUUGGAAAGAGAGAGAGAGAGAGUGAGAGGAAGAGUAGGGAGUUUCAACUAUGAACGAACAAGUUCUUGAGUGUAAAGUCAAACUAGUGAGAUGCAAAGAAAGUGAAAAAAUAAAUGGAGGAGAAGAAAGAGAAUGAAAAGAGUGGGAGUCCUUUAGUAUCCUCAUCUGUAUAUAGAUGUCAAAGAUGUACACAUAAAAAAAGACAUGUACAAUGAUUUUUUCAGUCAAAUGAUAGUGGGAGAUAGGUCAGAUAUGAUCUCUCGAUUAUUCUGUUGGUAUCUUAGGACGUAAAUUCAAGGAGUAGGCUAUAACUUCGAAAAAUUUUGCCCGCGCAGAAAUGGAGAUUUCUGAAAAAGAGAUUCUGAGAUCCUGGGGAAAAGUUCCUUUGACAUCUUGUGCUAAGAUCAUUUUGUAGAUAGGCAGCUACUUAUACUGUUAUUGGGUCUUUCUACAAUGAGUGAUCAGAAUACGUGUUUUGGAGAACAAAAGGCCUAUGAUACCUUGGCCAACUAAUUGGUUCUACUAUUUGCAUAAUAAUGAACUUUUCAGAUCGAAUAGCUUGUGAUUUUCUGGAAGUAUCUCCUAUUUUCACUUGGCUCGGUAUUUUGAAGCUCGCGCAGGUGUGAUAGCUGUGGAAAAUUAUUUCUGUAGGAAAUAGCAAUCAAAAUCGUGGGAUGAGGUGUAGAGUUGGUGUUUAACGGAAAAUCUAUCUCUCGAAUAAUUAUCCCACGUCAACUAUCAUCACAAUUAAUUAAUAAAUGCACGUAUUAUAUUUAUUUUAUUUUUUUUUUCAUUUAAUACGAAGUGAUCUUUAUUUAGGUAUAUCGUUGUAUUCUACAUUUUUAAUCCUUAUUAUCACUCGUCAGACUGAUGAUGUAAAUAAUAUUUUUUGUGUAAGGAACGUAAAGGGUGGAGAUGAUUAAUCAACGAGCAAUUUAAACUUAAUUCUCGAUUGCACAGACAUACGCAAUUAUAGUCCAAUGUUUUAUUGUAAGAAAUCGAAGAUUAUAAAUAUUUCUAAUUGACGGAGAAUCAAAGCAUUAUAAAUAAUAUUAUAAAUAAAUGAGUGUGAAUGAAUUUUUUUUUUUCGUCGGGUAAGCGGGAUAGUGCUUUUACAAUAUUGAGAGGAAGAGUUUAGGUGUUUGAUUAUAUUAUUUGAAGAUAAAUGUACAGAAAUGAAUAAUAAGACGAGAUACCAAUUAUAUAUUUCAA